CUGCGUUCCACCUGCAGUCAGCGGAGGUUCAGAUGGGAGGCUGUUUUACUUUGGAUAGGAAGGACCCGAGCAGUGAAAACGGAAAUGUUCCUCAGUGUGGCUCGGUGCCUUCUUGGACACCAUGGCUAGAGUGACGUGUAUUUUUACAAACAUCCCAUGACGGCUGCCUCCAGAGCAUUAGGGCUCGCCUUUUGGUGCUGAUUCGGCCUGUCUGCAGCGUCUAGAUGCCUUGGCCGAGAUGAGUGUGAAGGCUUUUGAGCUUGUUCCCGCUGUGGAGCGCGACCUCCUCAUGGGCGACAAGGCUCGCAUCAACAUCGAGUGCAUCGAAUGCUGCGGGAAACACUUGUACGUGGGCACCAACGACUGCUUCAUCCACCACUUUCUCCUGGACGAGGUCACUUCCUCCAAAGGCAAGCUGAGCUACUCGACCCAGAAGCUGCUUCACAAAUACCUCGGCCUCAAGAAACCUGUCGCCGAGCUGCGUGCCGCUUCCGCUCUGGAGCGUCUCAUAGUGCUUUGCGAUGGAAUAGUGUUCCUCGUUGACAUGGUGACUCUGGAGUCGGUUCCCUCGGCAGCUGGCGGCGGAGUCAAAAUCCGAGGCGUGACCACGUUCUGCGUCAACGAGAACCCCGUCAACGGGGACCCGUUCUGCGUGGAGAUGGGCGUGCUGUCGUCCAAGAGGCGGACAGUUCAGGUUUACAUGGUCUACGAGGACAGAGUGCAGUUGGUCAAAGAGGUGAAUACUCCGGAGCAGCCAUGCGCCGUCAGUAUUGAUGGGUACUUCCUGUGCUUGGCCCUCACAACGCAGUACAUGAUCCUUAACUACAACACAGGAGCUUCGCAGGACCUCUUCCCUUACAACAGCGAGGAGAGGAGACCCAUUGUGAAGAGGAUCAGCCGGGAGGAGUUCCUCCUCGCCGCUCCUGGCGGUCUCGGGAUGUUCGCCAACUCAGAGGGAGCGUCUCAGCGGGCUCCCGUUAACUGGUCAGAGAGCGUGAUUGCUGCCGCUGUGUGUUUUCCGUAUGUGGUGGCUUUGGACGAAAACUUCGUCACCAUCCACAGCAUGUUGGACCAACAACUGAAACAGACUCUUUCAUUCAGGGAUGGACGCGUUCUGCAAGAUUUUGAAGGUAAAGUCAUGCUGGCUUCCACUAAGUCUGUUUACGUCCUGGUUCCUCUGCCACUGGAGAGACAGAUUCAAGACUUACUGGCCAGCCACAGAGUGGAGGAAGCACUGGUCUUAACCGAGGGAGCUCAGAGAAAUAUUCCCAAAGACAAGUUCCAGGUUUUGUACAGAAGAAUCCUGCAGCAGGCAGGGUUCAUAAAGUUUGGCCAGCUUCAGUUCCUGGAGGCUAAAGAACACUUUAGGAAGGGUGAGCUGGAUGUGCGGGAGCUCAUCUCUCUCUACCCCUUGCUGCUACCGGCUUCCUCCUCGUUCAUGCGCUGCCACCCUCCUCUUCACGAGUUUGCGGAUCUCAACCAUCUGGCACAGGGUGACCAAGAGAAAGUGCUGCGAUGCAAGAAAUUCCUCAUCAGCUAUUUAGGAGAGGUUCGCAGCACAGACGUGGUGAACGGCUGCAGAGACGACGUGGACACGGCUCUGCUGAAGCUCUACGCCGAGCAGGAUCACGACAGCCUGCUGGACCUGCUGGCCUCGGACAAUUCCUGCGUGCUCACAGAUAGCGUUCCGUGGCUGGAGAAGUAUCACAAAUAUUUUGCACUCGGGCUUCUCUAUCAUUUUAAUGGUCAGGAUGCAGCAGCUCUAAAGUUGUGGAUUCGUGUUGUAGAUGGAGAACUGCAGGACUCCACCAGAUCCGAUCUGUAUGAGUACAUUGUGGACUUUCUCUGCUGCUCUUCCAGUAUGGAGAUUGUGUGGAAGUAUGCAGACUGGGCUUUGCGGAAGGAUCCCACCACAGGUAUUCGGAUCUUUACUAAGAGACCUGUCGGCAAAGAUCGAUCAGAGGUGAACCCAGAUGAAGUCAUCACCUACCUGGGGAAACACAGCCAGGCUCUGCUUCUCUACAUGGAGCAUCUUGUGUUGGAGAGAAAAAUACAGAAAGAGAAGUUCCACACACACCUCGUUGUGUUGUACCUGGACAGGGUCAUGCUGUUGCUGUCAGAGUCGCCGACUGAUGAGGGGCAGCUGACCAGAGCCAGAGAGAAGCUUCAAGCCAUGCUCAGGGAGUCCGACUUAUACCGUGUGCAGUUUGUUUUAGGUAAAAUGGAGAGCUGUGACAAGCUGCUGCUAGAGCGUGCGACACUACACGGGAAAUUAGAGGAACACGACAAAGCGCUGCACAUCCUGGUCCACAAACUCAGAGACUUCCCGUCCGCCGAGGCCUUCUGCAUCUGGGCCUCGUCCAAUCGAGAUCCAGCAUAUCGACAGCAGCUGUUCCACCUCCUCCUGGGGGUCUAUCUCGACGGCACCCCUCCUGGAAAAGGCCAAGCAGCUGGCGGCAAGAUGGAGAUGGCGGCCGUGGAUCUGUUAAACAGGCACGGCGAGGUGUUCGACGCCGUCCGCGUCCUACGGAUGCUUCCGGAGAGCUGGUCGCUGCAGCUGCUGAGGCCUUUCUUGAACCGAGCCGUCAGGGCCAGCAUGCACGCCGGCCGGACCUCCCAGAUCGCUUUGGGCCUCGCCCGCUCUGAGAACGUGCAGCUGCUGCAUGACAGGUUAAAAGAGCGGAGGAAACCCAUUAUUGUGUCGGAGAAGAAAGGGUGCCACCUGUGCCACAACACCUUCAGUGAGCCCAGCGUGGUCUGUCUGCCCGGAGGAGUACCUGUCCACGGCCACUGCGCCGCACAGAGAGUAAGAGACUCUCCCACAAAGAGACAGUUAGCUAAUAGCAGUAACCAUACGUGAGACUAAACAUUUCCCACUGCUGUCUGAUGUGCGACCGGAGGCUGCAGCCUUGUUGGGAGAACAAGAGGCACAGACGAGAAUCCAGUUUCAGCUGUGGCGUGAACGCCACGAAGGAAGCCGGCUCAGUGCCACUGUGUUCAGCUGUUCGUUCAUGUGCUCCACUGGUGCAGAUUUAGAAAUUCCAGCUCAGUUUCUUUCUGCAUCUGUCCCGUCUUCACUCAAAAAGGUGAAACCCUGAAUUAGAUAAACAAAUUUAACAACAGAUGAUUUUUUUUUUCUUAUUUUUAGUCCUGUUUCAAAUAUUUCUGAAGCAUGGAAUAAUACCAAGACUCCUCCGGUUCUUGUCCAGUCAGUUUGUGUUAUUCUGUCCUGACGUGCGCUCUGCACGCUGGGUUUUAAUGUGAAAUACUACCAAGGCACUUUCUUUGUGUGUGUCUUUUACUAGAGCUGGUGUCUCUGUUGCCACCUCCCCGUUCUCCUCUACAACAUCAGUCGUUUCUGUAUCACAGUGUUUGACAUGGCAACACUUUGAUCCGGCCUAUUGCUACAUUUUGGUUAUUAUCCAAGUAAAAAACUUGGUGACCUAUUGAGUCUAUGAGGAAAAGACAUGAUGAGGUCUUAUGGAUCAUUAGUGGAGAAAUGUACAUUUGAAUACAGCUUCAGAUGCAAAUAAGGGAAUUAAAAGAAAACUAAAACCUGUACAAUGAAUUAAAUGUUAUACCCCCAUUGAAAAUAUGGGGGAAAAUCUUACUGUCUGGCUUUGACUAAUAAAAAAUGGUUUCCAUUCCGCUUUCAGCUUCUGUUACACUGAAGAUGCUUUUACAAGUGAAGUGCACUCCACUUCAAAUUAAAUCAAAUUUCACCUCGUUGUCAACAGCAGUGUCUUUGAUCUCCAACCCACGACUCUCCCGCCUCAAGAUGCCCAACUGCCUCACAGAACCAUGUUGUCGUAUGAAAAAAAAAAAUGGCAAAAGCUAUUCAAAAUUAACAGGUUUCAUUUACUUUAGUGCCAUUUGUUAGUCGAAUGAAAUGCAGAGAUGGAUUGGGCAGAAAGCGACAUAGACGGUGAAUAAUAAUCUGUCCUCUGAAGAUUACAGUUGAGUGUUGGAAAAAUAGCUCUCAGCAUCACAUUGUUUUCUGUCAUUAAUCCUGAACAAACAUCCCACAAGAAAGAAGAAAACGAAAGGCAAUCGUGAACAACCUUCAAGUACUUUUAAGUGGGAACAUGAAUAAUGAAAACAUUUUUUCAGGGUUACCAACGGCAGUACAGAGCAGGAGAACAACAAACAAUUUUCCAUGUAAUUUCUUCAGGCUAGUGUAUCUCGUGCAAAUAUGGAAAAAUAAAAAUCAUACCUAAGAAGGGACAGCUUGGCUGAACCUUCAGGUUAGAUUUUGGGGGCUCUGCGUUAUGCAAACAUUAAAUUUUACUCUUAAAUCUCACACUAGAAGUAUGAUGCACGUUUAAAUAAUUUGCAUAGCUGCAAAGCUCACUGAAACGUGGCAAAUGUUUAAUUUUUUAAAAACCUAAGUCCCAAUUAAUUUGAUUCAGACUAAUGAAUAGUCAUUAAUGAAGGCAAUUUCUCCAGUUUUUAUUACUAUAAUUGUUUUGGUGCAAGAAACGCGACUGUUUAAUCUGCAAACAUAAAUUUGGUCACACGAUGGCAGUAUUGUGUAACAUUUUAAACGAAAGCAAUGUGCAGGUCUUCAGAAUGGCUACAUCUAACAACAUGAAUAUACAUUUCAAAUAACUAAGUAUGUUCUCUUCAUUUAUUACAUGUCGCAGAUAUUAUUUUGCACUGCAGAAAGUGAAAGAUGGUUAUAUUUGACUCCGAUUGUUGACGGCAGACAUGAUCUAACAGCAUCUGACACUCAUAGAGGAUGGAUUUCUAAUGAAAAUGUGCCAGUGGUGCAUAUAUUAUCUAAACUUUUCUCUUUCAUUGGAAAUUGUGGGUAAAAAACAAAACAAAAACGUUUCAUCAUGAACUGCUUUGAUGGUCCAAGAACAUACCUGAAUGGCUAAAUACAUCUUAGCUUUCAAAGCUGCCUGCUUCAGAAGCCUGGAGUUAUGGUUUUAACCUUUGUGCUGUGUUACCCCUGUGGAAAACGGAGAAAUGGAGGUCAGCUGUUUUCUGUGAAUUUCUUUACAGGCAAGGUACUUUGCUCUGUCAUCAGAGCAAAGUACCUUGUCUCAACCUUCUUUCUAAAUGCUGCGUAUCUGUCGGAUAACAAUGAGGUGUGGCUUGGACGUCAUAAAUAAUACUUCUUCAGUCUGGCAAGAUGCAUUUAUGCAGCCAAACUGUGUGGACUUACUUCAUCAGAGCCAUACUACUUGUAUAACAUAUUUGUCCUCAGAAAACCUUGCCAGAACGUGCAUUAAAUGAAAAUGACACCAAAAGGCUGCUGCUAUUAAAACUACUGUCCAGUUCUGCAUUUCUAAAGCUUUGUUGUCCGAAGAGUUUAACUGUAGCUUGUUGGAAAGGCCUCCGCACCAUGACUUCAAAUCAUAUAAAAAAGAAAAUUCUGCAAAGUUGUGUGAAAAGUUGCGAUUGUAUUUUAUAAAUAUGUGUAUAGUGGUGUGUAAAUACUGCAUUUGUACGUGUUUGUUGCUUUCUAAAUCGAUGCCACUGUGGAUGGAGUGUAAAAAAAAACUGCUAAUCCGUCCCAUUUUAAUAAACAUACGUUUCAGCUCCGAGUCAAA